UAUCAGAACCUGAAGCUCAGGUAAACGACAGUCCGCUGAUGGAGAUGUGCCAUCACAGACCAUGAAGAAGAUAUUCAACUUCAAGAAGAAGAAGGGCUCCCCCAGCCCCUCUGAGACGGGGAGCGUGCUGUCGGCCAGCUACGAUGUGAAGGAUAAAGCCCUCGGGAAGGUCCAUAAGGCUGCGCUCAGCGGAGAUGUGGUCAAACUCAGACAGCUGGCCAAAAAGAAUGAUUUAAACCAGUUGGAUAAGGAAAACAGGACUGCACUGCACAUCGCUUGUGCAUGCGGACACACAGAUGUGGUUCACUUCUUAGUGGAGAACAAAGUGAAGCUGAACUUAUGCGACAAUCAGAACCGCUCCGCCUUAAUGAAGGCGGUUCAGUGUGAACAAGACCGCUCCGUCUCUUUGCUCUUGGAACAUGAGGCUGACCCCAGCCUGGUGGACAUCAGUGGAAACACAGCACUGCACCUGGCCGCCCGUAUCCCCUCCCUCUCUGUGGUGCUGCAGCUCCUGGAACACUCCACCAACAUCAACGCACAGAACAAGGAUGGCAACACUCCACUGAUGCUGGCUGUAAUGGAAAACCAUGCAGACAUGACUGAGCUUUUACUGAAAGAGGGAGCGGAUGUUAAUGUCAAGAACCAGGAGCAACGGUCUGUGUUGAUGAUCGCUGCGUGCAAAGGACAGAUCAGUAUGGUGCGUUUGCUUCUGCAGUACGAUGCUGACAUCACGGUGAAAGAUGAUAAGGGAUGGUCUUCUGAUGAUUAUGCGGUCAUGAAUGGACACCACGCAUGUUCACAUCUGAUUAUCGAGCAUGGGACGAAGAGAAGAUCCCUACAGUCACCUUCCUAUUUCACUGGCAGCAAAAAGAAACAGACGUCUGUUCUCGGAAGCAGCUUCGCAGGAGCAGGGAAAGAUACAGAAGAAAAUACACACACAGACUCCAUUAGCAGGGCAUCAAAAAGUGGUGAUGCUGAUUCCUGGCCUUCAUCAGAUGAUGACGACGAGUUAGAUUUGAGCCAAAAGAAACAGAAGGUAAACUUGAAGAAACUCAUAAGCACCUCAAAAAUAGAAAAUGUAGGAGUCAUAGCAGAUCAGAAUGCAGACAAAUCCUGGGGCGGAUCAGAGUCUGAACUGGACAGUGAGGAUAAGGGUGCAAUCCGCCCACCACUUUCUAGACCACUCCCCUCCAGCAGCACCUCCCUCCCACAACCCCCUGUAGCAACCCACCCUGCCUCUUUGCCCCACCCACCUCAGAUGAGCUCUACUCCCUUCAGCAGCACCCUUAAGGAAGAGGCCUCAACAGAGAAUGAGGAAGAAGAGGAUGAAAGGGAAGAACCGGGGGAGAUGUGUGAAAAAGUUAAAGAUUCUCAAAAUGGUGCUAGCAAGGAAAAGCGAAGAGAUUUCCUUUUAGAAUUGGGACUCAAAAAGGAAGAUGAAAAUGACGAAUCUCCCUGGGAUUCAGAGUCUGGUUCUGAGAGCCCACAGAAGAAACAGGCCAGUGCUCAACACACUCCCGCCAAAUCACAUAGAUCUAUGCACAGUAUUUGUGAGGAGAACACUGAAGGUUUAAGAAAUGACAAGGAUGAUGAUGAUGAAGUAGAAAAGGAAAAGGAGAUACCACCCAAAGUGAUCAAAAGGGAGCCUGUCUCUGUUCUCAGUAAGCUGAUGGAUUCAAAAGAAGCUAAUAAGAAAACAGACCUGAUGGAAGAGCUUGGUUUGGGGGAUGCUGAGGAUCUUGAAGCAAAUCACCAAUGGCCUCCAGAUGCUUCAGACUGGGACUCCGCCAGCAGCAUCAGUAAGGCCAGUAAGAACUGUCCAGUUCAUAAGCUAGACGAGGAACCCCUCUUUGAAAGCCCAGCAGCUUCCACACUACCCAUAAUACCUCAGCAACAGAACAUGGACACCAGGGAACAUAAAGAAGCCAAUCCAGAGAGAAACAAACCCACAACCUCAAGCAAAGCACCUCUACCUAGUCCACGAUCUCUAAACCCAAACGCCAGCUCAAAACCACUGCCACGGCUGCGCUUGGACUCCAAUCAGAGGCCAGAGAGUGAAGAAUUGGACUGGGAUACGGACCAUUUCAGUCCAGCCAAGAAGACAGCUUCACUGCCAAAUGUUGCUGAGCCUGAUGCAGUUCAUCAGCAGAAACCCAAAGCUGAAGAUGCUGAGAGUGAAGACAAUUCUGACGCAAGCGAAGAUGUAGAUCAGGCAAAAGAGGCAUUACAAGCAUCUUACGUAGACAUAAAUAAGCCAUCUAACCAUGAACCACUGGAGUGCCCAACCUCUCCUAGAGAGGACGAACAAGAGGAGAAAUCAGAUGAGAUUCCCUGGGAGGAACGCUAUGAGAAAAUCUGGGUGGAUAAUGAAAAAAAAGAGACCAAGUCUCAAUAUAAAAACGUGGCUGAUGAACUAAAAGAGAGGUUUGGAGAACUGGAGCACAAUGAACCACCAAGUGGGCUUUCAGAGCAGGAGUGGAAAGAAGAUGAACAAUAUGAUGAAGAGGAAAAGAAAGAGGUGGAAAAGGAAGUAGAUGAUGAAGAUUCCAGUGAGGAAGAGGGAGAGCCAGUAGUGCAGCCCACUUUCCGGGCGAGAAGUGCCAUACUUUUGCCCAUCCCAGAGCAGAGAGAGUCAGGCCUGGAGGACUCACAGUCUGAAAGUGUCCACCGCACGGUUAGUGUUGAGGUCAGUGAUGCAGAGCUUCCCAGUGACCAACACAACCCCCAAAUCAUCCCAGAAGUCCUAACAGAUGAUGCCCAGGAGCCAGAGAACCAAGCGGAUCACUGUGAGGAACCUAAUAGUGGAAGCAAAGAAAAUUGUCCGCUAGAUUCUGGAAGCAACAUAGACAAAGAACCUGAACUUUACAGACCUUCAAUGCAUGUUGAGAAUGAGCUACAAGUCCCAUCUAAAUUUCUAGAAGUGCCCUCUUCUGACUCCGAUGAGGUAGACGAUGGCUUGUGGAAGUCUAGACUUGAGGGUCGUCAGGAACAGGUGGAUGGCAUGAGGGGAGAACACCAGCCCAGUGCUUUAUGGGAUACUAGAGGAACCAGAGAACGAGGUGAACUUUACCAAGGAAAAGGGAAGAAAAUUGACUCCACCUCUGGGAACCCAAAACCUAAACAGGAAGGGAUUGCUGACAGCAGGUCUUUGGGAAGAGAGGGUAGUGUUUCGCCAAGACAUCUGACAAGAAGUCAGAUAAGUACUGACAGGGCACCAACACAUGGUGAGGAAGAUGAAGAGGAGGAAAAGAAAACUGUAGGUAGCCAAGCCAGAAACCUCUGUGUAGCCCCCCCUCUGCACGGCAAACCCUCCCGACCUGCGACCCGCCGUAACGAAGACCUUGAGUCUGUCUUUGAUGAUAGUACUUUAAGUGAGCUAUCGGAAGAGGACAGGAGGUCCCCGUCUUCAAGGCGUAAGAAAGAACAGAGCACUAGAGAGCUAGAAAUGGCGGCUGAUUUUGAAGAUCUCACCCAGUCUUCUGACACAGCUACCGAAGAGCUAGAGACUCCAGUAUCUGUAUACCGCAAUGCCUCUCUGUUCUUCAAACAACUCGACCCAAGCUAUCUGGACUCUGUGAGUGUGGUGAAACUACAGAACAUGUUUCAUGAGUACGAACGCACCAUCCAGAGGGAGAGAGACAGACACAGCCGCUUGGCGGAUAAAACCUCUCAGCUGGAGCAGGAACGCAGUGCGCUCAAGAUCCUGCUGGAUGAGAUCAGAGGCAGCAAGUCAAGCCUAGAACAUCUCAAACUAGAGCUGGAAACAGAUAUGAACAAUCUAAAGUUCCUUUUGAGACAGGAACAGGAAAAGCAUCAGAGCACUCUCAUGCUGUAUAAUAAAACCCGUGAGCAGCUUCAGAGGAAAGAGGAGGAGCAGCAGCGAGCCGAGGCCGAGGAGUGUCACAAAGCUGAGCUGAAAGUCUGCAGUCUGGAACUGGAGAUCAGAGCCCUGAGGAACAGCAUCAGACAGAUUGAAGAGGACAGAGAUGAGUGUCAGCGUCUCCUGUCUCAUGAGCGCAGUGCUCGUGCCCUGCAGGAGGAGUUACUCAACAGCCACCUGCGUAAGCAGCAGAACAUUGAGGAGGAGAACCUCCGAAACUUCAACAAGAGCAAUGAGGCCAUAUCCCAGCUAACAGAGGCAUCAGACCGUGAGCGAGAGUUGAUGCAACAAAACCUAGCCCUACUGGAUGAACUGAACACCACUCGGGCCGAGCUGGACCGCUCGCAUUGCCACAGCCGACAUGAAGAGUCACGGCUGGUGGAGGAGCGCGAUACCCUUCGCGAGAGACUGGAGGACGCCCGCAGGGACAUGAAACUGAGCGAGGAGGCGUUGGCCCAGACCGUAUUCCAGUACAACGGGCAGCUGAGUGUGCUGAAGGCCGAAUGCUCCAUGAUCACGGCCAAACUGGAUCACGAGAGGCAGGUGAGGCAGCAACUGGAAGCCGAAGCUGAGGCAAGCAGAGCACGACUUGAAGCAGCGCUUCAGGAGGCCGAAAGAUGCCAGGCGACCUGCACAGAAGCAGAGCUCACUCUCCAGCGAGACUGUGAGGAGCACCAGCAUGUGCAGGAAAAGCACAUCUUAGAGUCGAGUAACCAACGGGACACCAUCCAGUCCCUGUCCCAGAAACUCAGCAAGGCAGAGGCGCGUGCCAACAGCAUGGAGAACGAGUGUCACCGUAAUGCUCUGACUGUCGCUGAGAAAGGAGUGCUGUUGGAGACCCUGGCCCGGGAGAAAGACCAGGCCCUGGCCAAACUCAAAGAACUGGAGGCCACUGUACUGCGCGAAUGGGAGCAGGCCAGCCGUGCCGCGGUCAAACAGGAAGCCAUGCAGGAGAGGCUGGGCCAGGCUCAGAGCGAGAACAUGCAUCUCCGACAACAGCUGGAGAAGGUGCUCAACAAGGGCUUGGCGAAGGAUAAAGCUGUUACAGAUGUGCACCAGAAUUUUGCUGAAAUGCUGAACCAGUUACGUGCAGACGGAGAGGAGAGAGUCCACCUGGUGGAGGAGAGAAGCAAAGAGCUCACAAAGAUGAACAGCGAGCUAAGAGAGCAGAACUACAAACUAGAACAGGAGAAAGCUGAGAGAGAGGACUCUCUGAGGCAGCUGCAGCAGGAGCUGGCCGACUGUCUGAAGAAGAUGUCCAUGUUUGAGGCUUCUCUGGAGGUCAACACACGGUACCGUAAUGAUCUCGAGGAAGAGAAGGAGCGCACACGCAAGGACAGGGACAGAUUGAAGGGGAAGCUGCAGGAAUCUGAGGAAGUGUACGUCCAGGCUGAGAAACGCAUCAGCCAGCUGAAGAGCUCUCUGGACGAUAAGGAGCGAGAAGCCUGCAGUACCGCUCAGAAACUAGAGGUGGCGCUAGCUGCUUCUACAGGCAGAGAGCAAACCAUUAAACAGCUGGAGGAGGCGGUGCAGAGGUUAGAGAUCGAGAACGCCAGACUGGAGGCCAUGACCAAACAACAGACCAACCGCAUUGAGGUGCUACAGAAGGGCGUUCAGGAGGGUGCUGUGCUAUCAGGCUCAUCACAUGGAGAAGGGGUCAGGAAUCGUUUGGAAGAUUUCAUCACAAACCUGCAGAGCAGUAAGAUGAUGCUAGAAGAACAACUCAACCGAGAGGUGCAGAAGCAGAGUAUGCUAUCCCAUAAUGCACAGGACUCACAAGCACUGUGGGAGGAGGAGCUAAAGAGCCGCUCACGACUGGGACUCCGCCUCUCUGAACUGGAGAAAGAGAAAGCAGAACUGACCAAUCAGAUGGAGCUCGAGAAGAAAAAGGCCAAGAAACUAACCGAGCAGAAGAACUCUGUGGACACGCGUCUGGAGCAGGAGAUGAAGAGAAACACUGACCUUCAGAAAGAAAUGUACAGGUUGAAGACACUGUUGAAAGCCGCUAAGAAGCAGCUGCGUGAGCAGGGCGGUGGACAGCUGGACUCUCCUCUGGGCAGCUUCAGAGCAGACAUGAGCCACCGGCUGGAGACAGAGAGCGCCGUCAGCAGAUUGAAGACUCGGGUGGAUGAGCUGCAGUCUCAGUACGAGCGGGAGGCUUCGUGCUGCUCGCGGCUGGAGGAGGUGAACAGACAGCUGAAGGAGAAGCUGUCGUCUGUGAAGAGCCUGAGCCGAAGCCACGAGCAGCUGGAGGACGAGAUGUCCAGUCUGCGCAGACAGCUGGAGGCCGGUGUGAUGGACCAGAGCCAGGCCGAGCAGUACCGCCGAGAGAUGGAGGAAAGAGCCCGACAGCAGAUCCGACACAAACUAGAGGAAGUUAACCUCUUCCUGCAGACGCAGGCGGCGUCUCAGGAAGCUCUGGAGCAGAUGAAGGCUGUUAAUGAGGCCAGUCAGCGCUGUCAGCAGGAGCAGCGCAUCAGGGAUCUGGAGGAGGAGCUCAGCCGCUUACACAGCCUUCAGCAGCAGAGAGACUCCAGCCGCACAGAGCUGGAGCGCUACAAACAGCUGUACAGCCAAGAGCUCCGGCUCCGCAAGAGUCUGGCCGCCAAACUAGAGAGGUCGGGCGAGCGGUUAGCGGAGGCCAACACUAAGCUCCUGAGCGAGAGGCAGCGCAGUAAGUCUCUGCUCACCAGCAGUAUAGUGAACGGUGGUUUCGGAGGCCCCGCUCUGGAUGUGGCGUCUCUGGGCUCCAUGGGGGCAUACGGAGCCUCUCUGAACAGGAGUCUGGGCCUCGGGACGCCUCUGCUGGGUACAUUAGGGGAAUCCCAGAGCAGCCGUGUAGAGGCCUACCUGGCAAAGAUGCAGACAGAGCUGGAGAAGCACAUAGCGAAGGAGCUGGACUAUGGGACAGGAGAGCUGGAAGGAGGAACUGCCCGCAUGUCUCCUGUAGGAUCGGCCUCUGGCUCUCAGGAUGUGAACGUGAGUCUGGAGCCGCCGGAACCCGUGAGCAGAGCAACUCAGCAGUACCUGGAGGUGCUGAAGAAGAACUACAUGAUCUGACCCGCGGUCAGUCCACACACUGUGAGCACAAUCAACUCCAGCGCCUCAUCACUGACCCACAGACACACUCAACCACCCAAAAAACCUAGAGACUGAGAAAACUAGUUUGUUUACUAAAGCUAAAGCAGUUAUGGUGCCUCCUUAUGGACACUGAAGAAAUAGUUCACCCAAAAAUAAAAAAAUUUGCUGGCCAACUAAAAAUGAGUUUAUUUCUUCAUGGGAACAUAUUUGGAGAAAUGUAGCAUUACAUCACUUGCUCACUAAUGGAUCCUCUGCAGUGAAUGGGUGCCGUCAGAAUGAGAGUCCAAACAGCUGAUAAAAACAUUACAAUAAUCCACACCACUCCAGUCCAUCAGUUAACAUCUUCUGGAUUAUAUGUUUUUAUCAGUUGUUGGGACUCUCGUUCUGACGGCACCCAUUCACUGCAGAGAAUCCAUUAGUGAGCAAGUGAUGCAAUGUUAAAUACAGCUUUGAUGUUUUAAAAUUGAGUAUA